CAAAAUAUAAAAAUGGUGAACGUUGACGUCACGAUUCAUGUCCAUGAUGCCUCAGAAAAAAUGGCCGAUGUGGUGACAUUGUGUUGCUUGGAUAGCAGAAUUGCAUUUUUGUAAAAAUUUGUCAUGCUCAAGUCAUUCGAAACGGCAACACUAUGAAUCACUCGGGUUGGGAAGUAAACGAUCUAAUGAUAAAUGGUCAUGAUAUGACAACGACGAGAAAUACACAACAAACAAGAUCGCAAGAUGAUGCAAACGUCGAUUAUUUUUAUCAACGUCCGCAUACCGAUAUGGUGCAACAUUUGAACAAAAGAUGGGCGCCUGGGGACGAUUCUAUCUUAGAGAUGGCUGCCCAAGGAAAGCCUGUUGCUUACCUUGAACGGGAGCUGCAUAGUAUUUCAUUAGAAAGUGCAAAAGACAUUAAUGCAAAGAAAAUUUGGGAAGAGAAUAAAACCGGCGAUAAAUGGUCUAAUAGUCCCUGGCCUCCUGUAGUAAGUCGAAAUGAUCACGACACUUGGACAAGUGGAGGAACAAGCGGUGGUUUACUAAGUGUCGAUAUGGCAGAAUAUGUAUUAGGAAGCUCUUCUCCUGACACGAGGAUUUCAUCUUCCAUAAAACGAUAUGCAGGGGGAGGUGAUGCUGAUGGUUCUAAACAUUUAGAAAAUCAAAAGGAGAAGAAAGAAAGGCUUAUUGAGGAACAAGCUAGAACCCCACUACUAUCAAAUGCUGUGGACGAUAGCCCUAAUAAACAGACAUCUCAAUCUGAGGAUGAUAGUGGACAACAUGGGGAAGAAUCUAGGAUGAAGAUAAUAAAUAAAUGUGAUGAAUAUUCUGGUCCUGUAGCCUCAGCAGGAGUAGACUUACCAACUGUUGCUAUUCUACCAACUGUUGUUCAGCAACAGCAGCAGUCUUUUCAAAGUGAUGUUUCUGAACCGAGUGCCUACUUACAAUCGCACCACGAUUACAUGAUGCCACCUGUAAAUGAUCCCGACUAUCAAAUGGUUGGUCGGCAACAAAUGAUUAUGGACCAAGCUCAAACUAAUGGUUAUGUAACACAACCAACGGCCCUAGGUACUACGCACGUUAUGCAACCUGCUCAGUAUUACAGCGUUCAAGCACCAUGGGCUGUUUAUCCAACAAAUAUUUUACCAGCAAAUCAGCAGCAGCAACAACAAGCGCCAGUUUAUAGACAUUAUCAAAGACCAGUUACACCCCAUCAAACAGGUCCUGAAGGUGAAAUGUCGAUGCAGCAGGAUAAUACCUUAAUUUUUCAAAACCCUCAAUAUCAAAUAAUCGCUGCUCAAGCCUACUACGAUCAAAAUGGGCAGUUAGUAAUGAAUAAUGGACGUAAUUUACCAGCUCCAAUGCGCCUGGUCUCGCCAGCUGCGCCACAUGUUAUGCAAGGGGGACAGAAUGGAGUGAGAAUACUAGCCCCAAAUCCCCAACAACAACCUCCAAAUUAUGCUAGUAAUACCUCAACACCACACAAUUCGCUGACGGAUGCUUAUGGAAACGGACCAACUAGCCAACAAGCUUUUAGCCCCCAAACAUUUACUUCGCCUUAUGCUCAUUCAGCAGCUCCAAACGCAAGAAGAGAUUCUUUUGGAUCAUUGGAUUAUAAAGGGCAAUCAGGCACACUAUCACGAGCGCCGUUUCCUGCUCAAUUUUAUAGUCCCAUAGGUGGAACAGUUAGUCCUUUGGGAACUACCGGUCUUUCUACACCACCUCCUGUACAUAAUUUGAGUACGCAACGAACACCAAAUGCUUUCUACUCUCCCGCUCCUGGAGCGGAGGUGAAAUACAGACAAUCAGCCCAAGCGCCGUCAGGAGCUAACUAUUCAAUGACCUUAAUGGGAGGACGAACUGGAGCUAAAACACCUUCGAAAGAACCUGCAAGGUCAAGACUUUUGGAAGAUUUUCGUAGCAACCGAUUACCAAACAUACAAUUGAAGGAACUUGUAAACCAUGUUGUUGAAUUUUCCCAAGACCAACAUGGCUCAAGAUUUAUCCAGCAGAAAUUAGAAAGGGCUACAAUUCAAGAAAAAACAUUGAUAUUUAAUGAAAUCCUUCCAAUGGCUUUUGUGCUAAUGACAGAUGUUUUUGGAAAUUAUGUCAUACAGAAAUUUUUUGAUUUUGGUUCUAAUGAACAAAAAGCAACUUUAGCCAACAAGGUUAAAGGUAAUGUUUUGAUGCUGGCCCUUCAAAUGUACGGUUGCAGAGUUAUACAGAAAGCCCUUGAAUGCAUUCAGCCAGAUAUGCAAGUUGAUUUGGUAAAGGAACUCGAUGGGAAUGUGUUGAAAUGUGUAAAAGAUCAGAAUGGCAAUCAUGUCAUUCAGAAAUGCAUAGAGUGUGUUGAACCGAAAAAUUUGGAUUUUGUGAUUAAUUCUUUUAAAACUCAAGUUACACAGCUAUCUACACAUCCAUAUGGUUGUCGCGUUAUACAACGCGUUCUAGAAAAUUGCACCUCUGAUCAAGUGGGUGUUGUUUUGGAUGAAAUGCAUGAAAACACAGAGAGGCUGAUACAGGACCAAUAUGGGAAUUAUGUCAUUCAGCAUGUGUUGGAACACGGAAGAGCUGAAGAUAAAACGAAGAUUGUUAAAGCUGUUAGGGGUAAAGUUAUGAGCUUAUCUCAGCACAAGUUCGCCUCGAAUGUCGUUGAAAAGUGUGUUUCGCACUCUUCGGCUCCAGAACGACGUUCACUUAUUGAUGAAGUUCUGCAGAUGAACGACAGUUCUCACACUGGAUUGUAUACGAUGAUGAAGGAUCAGUACGCUAACUACGUGAUUCAGAAAAUGAUUGACGUUGCAGAUUCCUCGCAGAAAAAGCUACUUGUACAAAAAAUUAGACCACAUGUAACUACUUUAAGAAAGUAUACAUACGGCAAGCAUAUUCUGGCUAAAUUAGAAAAAUUUUGCCUGAAAGCUAAUCGGGACUUAGGUCCUAUUGGAAUGCCACCAAAUGGCGCUUUGCCACGUUAAAUUUAAAUGGUUUAACUAUAGUACUGUGUGAAUGUCUACACAUUACAUAUACAUACAUAUAUAUAUAUAUAUAUAAAUAUAUACAUACGUAUAUACAGUGUAAUAUUUUUUUAAGUUUGUGGUGUUUAAUUGUGAUUUUCUCUUUUCCUUUCGUGUGGCAAAUUUUGAGAGGGACUUUUUUUAUAUAAGGAAUGCAAUUGAAUAUAAACUAUUGUUUGUUCUGAAUAAUUGUAAAUUUAUUGUUGUUCGUUUAUUGCGGCUUGUAUAUCUCUGUACACUUGUAUAAAUUAAUAUAUAUAUGUCGAUAUGUCUAUAUGUAUAUAUGUGAGUAUUCAGAUGUAUAUAUAUAUAUAUAUAUGU